AUGGGAGGCUUAGUGGGAGAAAAAGAAUUGGGUUCGAAACAUUUCUGGAAGAGGUGGGAAUUUGAUGAUCCACGGGAUGCAGACGAUGCAGUGUAUGAGCUAAAUGGAAAGGAAUUGUGUGGUGAACGAGUAAUUCUCGAAUUUUCGCGGCGGGGUCCGCGAAGUCGCAUGGGUUACGGCGGUGGUUUUGAUCGAUUUCCUCCUCCAAGACGUGAAUCAAGGCCGGUAUAUGGUCCACCACAGCAGACUCGCUAUCGACUGAUCGUAGAAAACCUUUCGUCGCGUUGUUCGUGGCAGGAUCUCAAGGACAUUAUGCGAACCGCCGGUGAGGUAACAUUUGCUGAUGCGCAUAAACAGCAUGCCAAUGAAGGGAUCGUAUGCUUUUUGACACGCGAGGAUCUCGAAAGAGCAUUGGAUAAGUUGCAAGGGAAGGAAGUAAAUGGGCGCAAAUUAAAACUGAUCGACGAUUCGGAGAGACGUGAAAGCCGGAGCCGUUCGCGUUCACGUCGUUCCCAUACGCGUUCGCGCAGCUCCCGUCGCAGUACGCGCAGCCGUUCAACACGUUCACGUACUCGCACACGGUCGCGUUCGGCAACACCAAAGAAAGAUGGCAACGACUCGAAUUCGAGAAGUCGUUCGCCCGGGACCCAUUCAGCACGAUCAUAUUCACACUCCCAUGAGGAGCGGUCUCCAGAAAUAAAUGGUAACGAAGUUACUGCAGAACGUACGGAAAACGGUGGUAGCGGUGGUGAAGCUGGUGCUGGCAGUGCUGCGGAGGAUGAGCCAAUGUCGGAUAGUAAUCCCGGACCAGGCAGUACCGAUAAUGAUUGA